UUGUCUAAUAAGUUUGAAAUCAAACUUGAAAAAACAAAAUCUUGAAUCUUCCAACCUUGAUAGCUGGAAGAGCUAUUUUCAUGUAUUCCGAAAACAGCGAGAAAGAAAAGCCAAAAGGAUUAAAAAUUUGGAUUUUGUAGCAGGGGACUGUUUACCUUGCUAGCAGAAAGACUUCUUCAAGCAGGAUGUAGGGAUUUGUUAUAUCGUCGGUGAAAAAAGAUAUGGCGGCCAUUUUGGACUAAUUAGCAAAACGUGUGAAAUUAAUGUAUUAAGAUUUCUUGCACUUUUACCGUGAAAAUCGUUUGCAUGCUUUUCUCGUGCGAAUCUGGAAUAAUCAAUAAACAAUGAAUAAUCAAGAGUAAAGUUUGCGCGCGAAAAGAAAAUCCUGAAAAUACUGAAGCAAAUUUUUGAACCACAAAAACUAGACCACCGUAGAAGCAGGUAGCGGUAUUUCCGAUACAUUACAGCUCUAUCAACAAAAUUUUUAUCGCUUCUGUCUUUUUGACAUCAAGCAAUUAGCAGAAAUAUUCACACCUUCUUUAACUAGUUGUCACAGUUAAAUCACGUUGAAAAAAUUCCCAUGCGUGAAUGAAAAGCUAAAAUUUAAAGUUUUUUCAACUAAGAAAUAUCGCAGAGUAAUUAAGAAAACUAUCAAAAGAUUGGAUUGGAAACGCAGUAUUUUAUAUCCUUGAUAUCGGUGUGAAAAUUGGGUGUAAAUAUCGAGAGAAUUUGAAACUAGCUAGAGUGAUGGCAAGGGAAUAAAUUAUGGGAUGCUUAGUUUGGUGUAGUAUUUCAUCUGAGCUUGCAGGAUUAGGACUUGCUGAAUGAGAACUUGCUUUGGGUAGUAUAGUUUAGUUUAUUUUGAAAGAAGGUCGCACUUUUAGAUAUAGAAAAAAUUCGUUGAGUUAAUCGUUAACGUUUGGUAAUUAUCUUGAACGCUGGAAUGUGGCAAAGGAAAAGAAUGGAACUCUGGACAAAGGCAGUCGAAGAGCAGCUUUCCAUUCGUCGACGGUCUUCCCACCACCUACAACAAGACUCAUGGACGUCGACGAGGAUGGCUUUGAAUUAUAAUCCAGAUUAUCGGGGGUUUCCUUCACAAAUACACAAUAACCGCGAAGCGACCAACCCUGCCAGAUGCUGUUGUGACACAUGUUCGCUAAUAAACGCCCAAGAAAUGGAUCGAUACUAUACUGCACAAGGUCAGCCACCGCUCUAUUUGACGUCCUGGCCCAUGGUAAUGCAACCCCACUCUCAUAAACAGGGGCUCUAUCCAGCACAAGGGUCUUAUCUACAGCCACAGUAUCAAGAGAGAAGCCAGCCUCCAAUCCAUCCUCGAGGUGCUCCUCUAAUAUUCACGCAACCAACACACCUGGAACGACCAUUUCAUCCUCCUAUACCGACAGAACCACAGCAUAUCCAGCAUCCCGCGUGUUAUCCCGAAUCCCGCACAUACCCACUAACGGAGAUUCACAACAUUCCAUCAGACCUAUCACCUCCACCCACUUUCAAGACAAGCACUACCCUGACUUCGAAAGGAUCAAUCAGUAGUACUCCAUUGCGACCGGGAGGGGUUGCGUAUGAUCAUCAUGAUUUGCCCAAAAUUGUUUCUGUUCAUUCUUUACCAUCGUCUCCUGUGUUUGUGAGCGAGCAGUUACAAGGAGCAACGUUGUUACCAUUGGAGUCAAAACUACCCACUGUUUAUGCCGAAGAGUCGGCCUGCAGUGAUACUAUUACUUAUCCAAGAUCAUCACCGAAGGUGUGUUUGGAGAAUCGCUACUCCUCCAUUGAUCCAAAGACAGAAUAUACGUUGGCUGAGACAGAAAAGACCAGUGAUCCGUCAGAAAAGACUGCGGAGUAUAUGAAGAUAGAAGACAAUGACAAGGACCAAUCAACGAAGUCUUUGGAUAAAUGUGAAGCAGUAAGCCCAAAUGCUCAAUUGCCCGAGUCACCUAAAUAUUACAUGGCUAAACACCAGAACGAGGCUAAAACUGUUACAAAUGUUGGCCAAGAAGAAGCUGCGCAGCCAAAAGAUGUUAUUGAUCGAGAGAUGAUGAUAAGAAGAUUAUUAAGAAUGAUUAAUGCAUGGCAAAUAGAUUUCAAUCAAGAAACCGAUGACAUCAAGAAAUUUAAAAUAUUAAAUCAGAUAUUAGAAGCGCGAGCAAAACUAGAGAAGCUGAGAUUGAAUAGGGACGGCACAAACACACCCAAAGCCAGGGAAUUGCCGACUGACGGCGGAAAGGACAGCAGUAAAGUCAAUGAGGUGACAGUUGGUAUCGUGACGAAAAACGAAGAUGUAGAGGAGACCACGAUGGAAACCAAAAAUGACAUACCCAGGACUUCUAGUAAUUUCGAGUCAAUGAGUGAUUUCGUAACCUCACGGAAUAUUUCUUCAGAAACCAGGAUGAAAUCCCCAAACAUUACCAUGGAGACCGCACCAAAGAUCACCAUGGCAACCAAGAGUGAUAAGGUGACAGCAACAAAGAUCACUAAGGACACUCCGAGUGAUGGGGCUGCACCACCCAAGAUCACCAUGGAAACGGAAAGUGACGUGAGAAUGUUAUCACCAGAGAUCAACAUGGAAACUGAGAUUGAUGGGGAGGAAACACCGAAUGCUACCAUGGAAACCAACAGUAAUAGCGCUGAGCAGGAAAGUGAUGCUAUAUGCACUAACAUGACAUCAUCUUUUUGUGCUGAGACAAAUACAAGUUCGAUCAUGGAGACCAACACUGAUGUAGUAUCUAACGCAAAUGCUACUAUCACUAUGACAUCAACAAAUGCUACCAUGAUAACGUCAAAUAGUAACAUAGGAAACAAAACCGACACCAUGCGGGUAACGGUCGACAAUGACCCAUCUUCUUUGCCUGAAGAUUCUGCAAGUCUACUUUCUUCCUUCGCAAACCCUUGUCAAACGUCUCCCAAAAUUCUUGAUAAAACCACGUUGUUGCAGCCUCGUAUUCUGGUGAAUCUCUUUGACAGGGUGAAAUUGUUCGACCGAAGAAAGAAAUUAGUUGGUCCUGAUGAAACCUCUCCUGAAAAACCCGAGGAUCAAGAAGAAAACUACUGUGCAAAAAAUAUGAUGAAUCGAGAAAAAAAUAGUUCAAAUAAUGCUAGUGCCAGUGAAAAUAGUAUUUCAGAUAAAAAACACAAUCAGAUCGACGGCGAAUUGAGCACGAAUAGGGAGGGAUCCCAACGACUUUCACCGGGACUGUCUAACAUAAUCAAAGACCCUUUAGCAACUACUGAAAUCAGAAGGAAGAAACAUGCUGGGGAUUGCAAGGUGACUGAAUCAGAUUCUGAUGAUGUUUGGACCAUGGAACUGGACGAAAGCUCGCACAAGGCAGUCUUCAGAAGACGUUGGAAGCGAACCGGAGGCCCUUCUGACCAAAAACGAUCAGCCUUUGAAAGUCUAUUGACUGAUGGAACUGAAAUACAAGGGUUAACGGAGGGCAAGGAAUGGUUCUCUAGACUACCCGAGUCUUCUCCCCCGCCAAAAAAACGAGCGCUUUUAGAGCUGAGAAUUAUUGAGGAUGAAGAUGAAGUUGAUGACAACGAUGAAAGAAUUAUAAAUGAAGCCAUCAAGAUUUCUCCAAUAUUUAAAACCCUUGCAUCAGGACGGCUUAAGAGAGCCAUUCAAAGCAACCAAGACCCUACAUCUUCAAUAUAUCCUACAGAUGAUAUAGACAGACCCACUCAAGAUCUAUUGCUUAGUGACUUAGAAGUGUCUGAUUCACCUUCAAAUGAAAACUCACUUUAUAGCCAAGAUGGCGGCGUCAAGGAAAUGGCGGCGUUAAGUGGAGACGAUGGCGAGGAGAAUAUAUUCAUUCCAGAGAGAAGUUCACAGCUUAGAGAAAGUAAAAUUCACAGAUUGAACGAGAAAAAAGAACAGCUGCUUGAGGAACUGAAACAAAUUCACAGAUUGAACGAGAAAAAAGAACAGCUGCUUGAGGAACUGAAACGAAUCAAGGCAAAUCCUCCUAGCAGCGUACCAAGAGAUUUAUAAAUCAUCACAGAAUGAAAGACUUUCCUGGCAAUUUGUGGUUAAAAAGCUUAAUUAGUAACCUUAGUUUUGACUUCAUAUGCAGAAAAAAAUUGGUAAUUAGUUUGACCCUCUUCUUUACAUGAGCGCUUGAUAGGAUCAUUGGUUGGUCAACAGCAAUACGAUUUGUUCCAGGAUCUACUAUGUCUUUUCUCAUGCGUUCAAAACAUUUAUGCUCUCCGACUUAUUUUGUACAAAUUCAGAUUUUUGUAAAUAUUAUUUCUCAGAGGAUACUAGGGGUCUCUUGAUGAAGGUAGGCCAAAAGUCCAAUUUUAGGCUGACCUUUCUUGGGAUUGCGUACACUUGCAAACGCAUCGAGUGUAAGAGUUUUAAAUUUCUUAACGUUUUUGAAAAGUUUGAACGAGUUCGCAAUCCCAAGAAAGAAUAGUAUUGAGUUUUGUUUUGUGGUAGAUCAGGAAGGUGGGACGGAGAUUUUCCUUCCCUCCUCCCUGCAUGGAUUGGCGAUAUAUGCACUUAUAAAUCAUGUGAUCAGUCACCGCCAUCUUGGAUGACUAGGAGUUGGGUAUUACCCAUUCAGAGGUUGAGGGAAAAAACUGGUAUUAAAUGUUGGCAUAGCAGUACAUUGCAGGACUGUUCAGCGGAUGAAAUAUAUGCCAUCUUGGAAAUUUUUCCUUAAAACCGUCUCACAAUGCAAUGCAAUGCAAUACUAACUCAACCCAGUUUUUCCUCAACCUCGGAAUGCUGGUUUUUACAUGGUUUUUUAACACCCAAGAUUACGUAUCACGAUCACGUGAUUUAUAAGAGCAACUUGCCUGUUGAAGCUCGGAAAUAUUGAAAAAAAUUAGUCAAAUACAUUUUAAU